CUCUCGGGCGGUCGAUACGGCAAGGGGACUGACAGCGGGAGCACAGGCGGCAGCAGCAGACGACUCCCCUCUCUCUCCCUUCCUAGUUUCCUUACAUCAGGGCGAGGGGCGGGUCGCGCAACACCUCCGCUCACCGAAUCCCGAGGCACGCUGGGCCCUACCAUAGCCCUGCACCCCUAUACUACACCCCACCGGCGGCUCUAGUACUGUCCCCAACCCUCGCCUCUCCCCAUGGCCCUGGUUCACGCCUAAGCCGCUGCACUGGGCCUAUAGAGCGGUCGGGAGGGAAAGGUUACAUUCUGGGACUGCAUUGUUUUGUGUUCGCGUGAGGGCGUAUGGUUGGGCUUUGUUCCUAAGGCUUUCCCGGCGUGUGGGGUGUUCAGGGCGUGUGCUGAGGCUUCCACUGGGUCUGAGAGUGGGUAUAGAGGCGUUUGUGUGUCCCUGGCAAGAGUAUCACCGGGGCAAUGGUAACGCGAGGUGUGUUCCCCUGGUGUGUGCGGGUACCGUGCUGCUGAAGGCGACGAGGAUUUGGCCCACCCGACGAUGCGUGCAAUGGCGUGACGGCGACGUGCAGCCCUCCGGUGUGAGUGCGUGAGUGAGUGUGAGGGCGUGAGUGCGUGCGGAGGAACACCAUAACCGCGAGGAGGAGAGCGGAGUGAGGCUGUGAGAUACGAAGAAGAGAAGAAAGGAAAGGAGGAGAUUGGAAGCACGCCAUUCAGCCAACCCAGACCAUCCCGGCGGCAAGCAAGCACACACACACACACACACACACACACACAUCUCAGUUCGGGGAAAUCGAAGUGCCUCUCGCAUCCUCGGACCCAUGAGACUACGAGCGAGGAGGAAGAGGAGGAGGAGACACUCAAUGGCAUAAGACCCCGACCCCCACGGCCCUCCAACCAGCCCCCGCCUCACCCCCAACGCCAUGGCCAGCGCGGCGGGUACCCAGGCCCUACAGCAGGCCCAACAGAACCCGCAGCAGAACCCACAGCAGCAGAACCCCCAGCAGAACCCAGCGCCCAGUUCCCAGCAGCAGCAACAGCAGCAGACGCACAAACGCCAAACAUCAUGCAAAACGAAAAGCUCCUCCGCGGAUUAUGCCAACGUGCGUACGACCGAGGCCACGCAGACGCAGAUCCUGGAGCGCAUGGUUGGAGAUCGAGUGUGUGUGACCCGACCCGAGGAGGACAGGAGGAGGCGGACCAUUAUCGUGGAGAAGGAGAACAACAGCUUUGGGUUCACGAUACAGAGCUAUGGGAUUCACUACAAGAGGGACGGGGAGAUCGAGGUCAUUACUUAUGUGGACUUCGUGGAGUAUAGCGGACCCGCCUUCCGUGCCGGCAUGCGUGAGGGUGACGUCAUCCUGUCCAUUAACGGCCAGGACAUGGAGAAGGCGGAUCACAAGGCGCUGGUCAACUUUAUCCAGAGCUGCGGCGACCGAAUGAGAAUGGUCGUGCUUUUUGAAGACUGCGUGCAUAAGGUGGAGCUGCACAUGCGCUACAUCCAGCUGCAGCGCCUCCUGCAGGACAAGAUGAACGAGCUGGAGCGGCUGUGUCACCAGGAGAAGUCUCUGCUGGCGGGUAAGUUGGCCUCGUCCCCCGCGCGCCACGCCCACAACAUCGCUCACGCCCGCCUGCUGGACUGGCUCAAGGCUCAGCGCCGCCUCCUGCCGCCCCCCCGCUACCUCACCUGCCUCCUCCCGCCCCCCGCCACCCCCACCCACAACACCGCCUCCACCGCCCCCAACACCUCCUCCACCUCCACCUUAGCCACCGCCGCGCUCCUUCACCACCACCUCCACCUCCACAACAUCCACCCCCCUCACCUCCCUCACCUCCAUCACUCUCACUCCACCACAGGUCUGCGGCACCACCACCACCACCAUCACCACCACCACCACCGCCACCUCCCGGGUGCCUCGCACAGCUGCAGGCACUCGGCACACAGCCACCCCCACCCCCCCACCCCGCGGGAGGAGGGCUGUGGGGCCCAGGGGGGGGAGGGCGGCCGACGCCCCGUCGCCAGGGCGCCCACGCCUCCCCCGCCCCCGGCCCUGCCGCCCCGGCGAGAGGCACACAGCCCUGACCCCGCCCCGCCCCCACGUUCGGCCCCCCCGACCAGCCUGGUGCCCUCAGCGGACUUUCACUUCAGCCUGUACGCGGACCCCGCCGUCAUGCCGCUCUGCAGCCCCGCCGGCGGCGCCCGCUAUCCCUGGGGCGCGCGACGCCUCUACGCCAACGCACUGCCCGCCGCGGCCGACCUGCCCUACACACCGCCGCCACCGCCGCCGCCCGCCUGCACCAACCCGCUGUGCUGCAGCAGCCACGCCUCCAGGCCUGACCGGCGGGGGCCACUGACUCCAGGGGAGCGAGAGGCGAGGGGCCGCGGUCCAGGGCGUGCGGGGGAGGAGGGCGAGGCGCGAGGCUUCCCCAGUCACCGGCGGGCACUGAGCGCCGAGGCGUGGCGCGGCCCCGACGACGCGGACUCAUGGCACGAGGCGGAGCUGAGCCGCCUGAGGGAGCCCCGCCCCGCCCAGGAGGCCCCCGCCCCGGACGGCAGCAUCCCGGGGCAGCGUGGCCAGGCUGGGGUCGGGGUGCGGGGCAGCGGCGCCAGGAGGGAUCAGGCAUCCCGGCAGAGCGGCCGCAGCAGCAGGACGCCGGAGGGCGAGGAGGGCGGCCUGCGCCGCUCCCACUCGGCGCGGCUGAGCAAGGCGUACUCCAUCUCGUGCGUGCCCGGCGACCAGUGCCUCACCUACGACACCGUCAUCCGCGAGCUGAAGGGCGGCGCGGCACCACCCCAGCCCCGCAAGGAGCCGGUCACCCCCCCGGCGCCUCCCUCGCCGCCCCACUCGGCGGGGCUGUGCGGGUUGGAGGUGUACGACCGCAGCCCGAAGAGGCCGACGCGGCGCUCCGUGUUCCACUACUGCACCUCCAGUCUGCCGCACCGCCGCGCCGCGCGGGCCAAGAAGAAGCGAGAGUCCAGCUCGGCGCCGAGGGUCAAGUCCUCCUCGCUGGACGAGGACAAGCUCAUCAACCUGUCGGGCCCCGAGGAGGCCGCCGGCGAGAAGAUUGAGUACGGGCUGGAGGACGAGCCCGAGGAGGUGUCGUCCCACGUGCGGCCCAACGAGUUGCAGCUGCGGCAGUUCCUGUCGCUGCCCUUCGCCGCCUCCACGCCCGAGCCGGCCAUCGUGCGCGGCGGCUCCUUCACGGAGCCCCACCGGCCACGCACCGCCUCGGGGGAGCGCCACUGGAGUCUCUCGCGGCCCCCUAGAGUCGAGGGGCCGCCUUUGCAGCAGCCCCGCGACGCGACGCCCAAGGCAGCCAAGCACCGGUCCUGCAACUCCCUGUGCGAGCCGCCGCCGCCGCCGCCAGACAAGCGGGACAGUCCUCCCAAGAAGACGCCGGCCAUCAGCCGCUCAGAGUCGUUCCGGCUGUCCACGCAGUCCCUGGUGGGGCCGCCGCCCCCCCGAGAGUGUUCCAAAGGCUCCUGCACCCACGUGACCAAAGCGCGGCCCCCCGCCAGGACGCCGGGCAGGGAGGGCGGCGAGGGCGUGGACGCGUUCCUGCUGGGGAGGCUCACGGGCGGCGGCCACGGCAAGGCGGAGGAGGUGGCGGGCAGCAGUCCCGCCUGGCGCAAGCCGCCGCAGCCGCUGCGGCCUGACUGGGCUGCCGGCGGCUCGACGGAGAAAGUGCGACGCAAGAGCAGCAGCGGCGGGGCGCGGCGCGAGCGCGAUGCUGAGGGGCGGGAGAGCCUCACCGCCAGCUGGAUCUACGCCUCGGCGGCGGCGGAGGAGGCGCGGGGCUGGGCGGCCCAAAGGAAGGGGUCCUUCAAGGCCCAGGCCAAGCACAAGUCACGUUCGGCAGACCCUCCACCCACCUUGGCGCCCCCUCAGGCCACCAAGCAGGCCCAGCCCCCCCCACAGGCCUUGCUGCCUGCCCGCCGCAGUCGCUCCAGCUCAUCCUUCUCGUGGGCGGGCAGCGAGGAGCGCGCCGCCGCCACCACCAGCAGCGCCGCCUCGGACCACUCGGGCCGCACGGUGGUCUCGGCGCGCUCCCGCUCUCUCUGCACGGACUCGCUCGUUACGCCCGCCCGCGAGGCAUCCGCUUCCGCCGCCGACGUGUAUCGCUUUGCCCCGCCGCCGCAGGAGCCGCGCCUGAGGUCAGACUCCUUGGAGGCGCGCUGGUCGUCAGACAACUCCCUGGAAGAGCGGCCCGGCGAGGCGCGCACCCCUGCCUACGACAGCCUGCCUUCGGAGGUGUCCAGCGAGUCCUCAGUGUACGGUACGCCGCGCCCCCGACAGUGCCUGGCGCCGGCGCGCGAGGACCGCGGCGUGCUCAGUGACGACGAGGCGUCCGUCGAUCUAGACGCGGCGCCGCGGCCGCGCAGGAACCCGCCGCCGCGCCGCAGGAAGUCCCAGGGCGCCCGCCCCGGCGAGGAGGCACCUUCGCGCCCGCCCGCCCUGCCCUUCCCACCCCCGCCUUGGCCCGCCAUGCCCCCGCGGGCAGCCUCCUCCCCCCAGGAGUCCUCCGGCAGCGAGUGGUUCCCGGCGGGGGACGUGAGCCGCACCGUGGGGGCGCUGGCCGCUUCCCUCUCCGCCUACCGCACCCACAUGGCCUGAGUCGCGGCCGCCCCCGCGGCACCCCCGCUCCCUGCGGCGCCCUGCCGCCAUUCCUCUUAGUCCUAGAGAACGUUUUCACACUUAUUUGUGGCAUGUGUUUGUUUUCAGCAUGUUUUCUCCGCAGUAGCUCAGCUCAGCAUGCCCGAAAAGCAGGCAGGCAGGCAGGCAGGCAGGCAGCCGGUCAGCCACUGUCCAGCAGGCAGUGGCGUCCCCUCACUCACCCACCACUUACUUACUCACUUACUACUACUUACUACUGGACCAGUAUUUUUUUACUCAGCCUCGUCACUGUUCCCUCCACUGUAAAUAUUUAUAACGCACAUCCCAAGCUUUUUUAAUACAUUUUACUAUAAAGUCAGAAUGUGACACGCGUGACUGUUGAGGCGCGUCACCCAGCCUUGAACACGACCAAUAACCCUCGGCUCAGAGCAGCCAUCACGCCACGCCCGCCCCGCCCCGCCCCGCCCCGCCCAGCCCCGACCUGCACCGACCCGACACGACCCGUCACCUCCCUCACCCACCAAGGGCGAUCCUUCUCCUCCUCUUCCUUCUCCUCGUCGUUGUCCUCCUCCUUCACCUCCUCCUCCCCUCUUCCCCCUCCCCCCCCCGUCAGUGUCCACAACGAACAC